CGCUCGCUAAUCAUCAAACCAAAUUUGGUGGUUUAUGGAACUGACACAAAUAUGUAUCGCUGCCUAAUUAGUCACUCAAUGCUAGUUCCAAAUAUGUGUAUCUAGCGGCUCGUACACAUCUGACCACUUAUUUUGGCGCUCAAACAUAUCAAAUUCUGCGGUUUACGACUGACACGUUUCGGAAGCAAAGCAUGUGGUUCACAGUCAAACUUAUUUGGCUAUAUAAGCUGAUUUUUGUCCAUUUGUCUAUCAUACCUUAUUAGAUUUUCCGUUUGGUCACAUUCAGUUGCAUUUGGUGUUUUAAUCGGUAACAAUGGCCACCGGAAAUCGCAAUUUGCUUGCACUGCUGCAACGUCCCCUGGAGCCUACAUUCUAUCCCAAGGAUGACGGAAGAACGGUGAUCGACCUACCGGAGAACUAUCUCACCGAACGCUACAGACCAAUUGGAGCGAACAUCCAGAACCGAUUUGGAAACGACGCCGAUACCCGAAUUCCCGUUCGCAAUGUAGGAAGUCCAAACAUUGCCUUUGCGGAGGCCAUUCCUCGCCGGGGUGGAUUUUCCUUGUUCAAUCAAAGGGAUCGUAGUGUUGCCGGAGAGUUGAUUACGUUUUUCGUGAACCAGCCGGAUCCAGAUACGCUGAUGGCAGUAGCUGCGUAUGCUCGAGACCGUGUGAACCCUGUUCUGUUCCAGUAUGCGCUAGCCGUUGCCAUUCAACAUAGACCGGAUACGCGUGAGUUGAACAUUCCAUCGUUCUUGGAGCUGUUCCCGGACUCUUUUGUAGAUCCCUCGGUGUUCCCCAAGUUGCGUGAAGAAGGUUCGGUCGUUCAACAGGAGAAUCGGAUGGUCAUCGACAUCCCGUUGAAUUUCACCGCUUCUGAACGCGAAGAGGAACAGCGGCUGGCGUUCUUCCGCGAGGAUAUUGGAGUUAACCUGCACCAUUGGCACUGGCAUCUGGUGUAUCCAGGAGAUGGACCCGAUGCAGUUGUCCGCAAGGAUCGUCGUGGCGAGUUGUUCUACUACAUGCACCAACAGCUGAUUGCCCGAUACAAUGUGGAACGGUUCUGUGCCCGUCUUGCUCGAGUUCGACCAUUAAACAAUCUACGUGUACCCAUUCCCGAGGGUUACUUCCCGAAGAUCAUCAGAAGUUUGACCAACCGUGCGUUCCCACCUCGUCCACAAAAUCAAGUUUUGUCUGAUAUUAAUCGGGUGGAUGAUCAAGUGGUUUUCACCAUAACUGACUUGGAAAAUUGGGAGCAACGUAUUGCAUCCAGUAUUGAUGCAGGAUUUGUAAUGGGAACAAACGGCCAACGCAUACCCUUGACAGAACAAAAUGGUACUGAUAUCUUAGGUAACAUCAUGGAACCUUCCUCGCUUUCGGUCAACCGCCAAUUCUACGGAAGCUAUCACGGAAAUCUGCACAACGUCAUUGCAUAUAGUCAUGAUCCAGAGGGUCGUUUCCUGGAAGGCUAUGGAGUUGUUGGAGAGUUCCAAACGGCCAUGAGAGACCCCACGUUCUACCGUCUGCACGCUCAAGUUGAUAACAUGUUCCAUCGCCACAAAAAUACUCUACCACCUUAUCAAGCCAGCCAGCUCAACUAUAACGGAGUUCAAAUUCAGUCGCUUGGAGUUCAGCUGAAUCGUGCUAAUGCCCCGGCGAACGUGCUUCUGACCUAUUGGCAACGCUCGCAGGUUGAUUUGGCAACUGGUUUGGACUUCGGCCCACAAGGAAACGUCUUCGCUUCGUUCACCCAUCUUCAACAUGCUCCGUUCACUUUCCGCCUGAUGGUCAACAAUACUGGUGCUAGACGUCGAGGAACUUGCCGAAUCUUCAUUGGCCCGAAGACUGACGAACGCAAUGUUCCGCUUACUUAUCAGGAACAACGCAUUCUCAUGAUUGAACUGGACAAGUUUAAUGUUACUUUGAACCCUGGUAACAACAGCAUCGUACGUCGUUCAGAACAAUCCAGCGUGACGAUUCCCUAUGAGCGAACCUUCCGCUCGGUAGCUCUCUCCAAUCAACCGACUGGUGCUGAACAGUUCCGGUUCUGUAAUUGUGGAUGGCCAUCUCACCUGUUGAUCCCCAAGGGCACUCCGGAGGGAAUGACCUUCGAUCUGUUUGCGAUGAUUUCUGACUUCACCGGCGAUACUGUCAAUCAGGAGUUUGACGAAAACGUGGACUGUAAUGACUCGCACUCGUUCUGCGGCCUUCGUGAUCGUCUGUAUCCGGAUCGUCGUCCGAUGGGCUAUCCGUUCGAUCGUCCUGCCACGGGCGCCACUAGAAGCUUGCAGGACUUCACACGUCCGAACAGCAACAUGGCCUUGGCUAAUGUGCAAAUCCGGUUCACCAACACAGUUAUUGCAAGGACCUAAAGAAUAACAAACUUUACGAAAUAGGCACAUUGAUAUUGACUUGUAUGUAUAUUUUUGGAAUGAAAUCGAAUAAAUUUGGCAAUAAUCUGCAAUGAA